UUAAAAAAAUAAAAAAAAAAAAAAAAAAAAAAAGCCAUGAGCACCAUAACAAACACCACAUCCCCAUUCCACCACCGCUCCGCCGCCGCACACCACCGUCUCAGAAUCCAAUCAACACUGCAAAAUCAAGAAAAUACUCCUCCAACAACAACCCCAAGAAGAAAAAUGUUAACCACAGUACUACUAACAACUUCAUUAGCUCUAGCCCUACAAGCAACCCCACAAGCCCUAGCCCAAAACUGGGGCACACGCUCGUUUAUAAGGGAAAGAUUCUUCGAGCCCGGGUUGUCGCCGGAAGAUUCCGUCGCAAGAAUCCGGCAGUCGGCGGAGGGGCUCCACGCGCUCAGGGGAAUGCUGGAAUCCAUGUCUUGGAGGUACGUAAUAUUCUACAUAAGACUGAAACAAGCCUAUCUUUCUCAGGACAUGAAAACUGCUCUUACAAUGGUGCCUGAAAAUCAAAGAGAUUCCUAUGUUCAAGCAGCAAAUGCUUUAGUCGACAACAUGGCUGAGUUUGAUCAUUAUGUAAGGUCGCCGAAGGUGUAUGAAUCGUAUUUGUACUACGAGAAGACGUUGAAAUCGAUAGAUGAUCUUGUUGCUUUCUUAUAAGCAUAGGAGCGAAUUUGUUUUUUUUAUACAAACUAUCAUAUGAUAUAUAUUGAAGUUAUUAAUUGUUGCAUUUUGAAUGUUAGUCUUUUAGUACAUAUAUCUUAGUGUAUUGUUCAUGGAU